UGGAAGUGUUGUUUUGAGAGUUGUUUAUGUAUCUUUUUAUUUAACUAGGGUGGGGGAGUGGGGGGUUCCUGCUAGCGCUGGUGUGGCUCACCUCCUCUUAAUACCUAAGUGCUCACUGGGGGUGGUGGUACAGUGCCCCAGAAGGUUCAACUCCUCUCCGCUGGGGGCACCUCUGCUCCUUGGUGCUGGGGGUGGUGGUACAGUGGCCGGGAAAGUUCACCACCUCUGCACUGGGGACAGUUCUGUUCUCGAUGCUGGUGGCGGUCACCGUGUGUUUUAUAUCAGUAAUAAUAUUCAGUCUGUAGGGUCUUAGCAUUUCCAGAAAGGCACCCCUGGUUUAAAAAGACACAUUCAAUAUAAAAUACAGUUUUAUACUUGGAAAAUUGAAAGGUAACAAUAUUUGUUUUGUUUUUUAUUAGUGCAUAUGUUCAAUACAUAAUGAUUACAUUCAUCAUAGAGAGUUGGUACAUGUACAUAACACAUCUUAAUUCUUUUUUUUUUUUUUUCUUUUCUGGGUGCUAUACUUUUGUUGCUGUUUUUUGGUACCGGGGAUUGAACUCAAGCCCUUGCACUUGCCAGCAUAGAUUCCAGCCUCAGAAUCCCCUCUCUGGAGCUCAGCAGUUUGUGGCCAAGGAUCCCCAAGAUGACGACGACUUAAAGCUGUGUUCCCACACAAUGAUGCUCCCCACCCGAGGUCAGCUGGAGGGGCGGAUGAUAGUGACCGCCUACGAGCACGGGCUGGACAACGUGACCGAGGAGGCCGUGUCAGCUGUGGUCUAUGCGGUGGAGAAUCACCUUAAAGAUAUACUGACCUCAGUUGUGUCCAGAAGGAAAGCUUAUCGGUUACGAGAUGGCCAUUUUAAAUAUGCCUUUGGCAGUAAUGUGACCCCCCAGCCUUACCUGAAGAAUAGUGUGGUAGCUUACAACAACUUAAUAGAAAACCCUCCAGCCUUUUCUACUCCCUGUGCUGGUCAGAAUCUGUCUUCUCACCCACCCCCUGACGACACUGAGCAGCAGGCCGCACUCUUACUGGCUUGCUCUGGGGACACACUGCCUGCAUCUUUGCCUCCAGUGAACAUGUAUGACCUUUUUGAAGCUUUGCAGGUACACAGGGAAGUCAUUCCUACACAUACUGUGUAUGCCCUUAACAUUGAAAGAAUCAUCAUGAAACUCUGGCACCCAAAUCACGAAGAGCUGCAGCAAGACAAAAUCCACCGCCAGCGCUUGGCAGCCAAGGAAGGGCUUUUGCUCUGCUGAGUUAGGAUCUGAGGGUGUGGAGCUCUCAUCAAGUCACUGAUUAUUGAAAGUUGAAUGUUUUGGGGUUCACAUUUCAAGACUGAAGUGUAUAUAUAUGUAUAUAUAUAACCUUUCCUAUGGAAAUAUGACAUUGAGUACAUUUUGUGUUGCUACUAUGAAGCCAUUAAUAUAAAUCUGAUAAUGACCCAUGUUUAUAUGUAUUUGUUCCCAGUUCCAGGAGCAGGCAUUAAGGGAGUUCUGUGCCUAGAAUGGGGAUGUUUAGGCAUCUGAGGUUUAGUGUCCUAUGGUCUGCAUGUAAGAUGGAUGACAUCAUAGAAUGAAGAAGCUGUUAUAGCGUAGUUCUCAUGAUUAGCAGGACAUUGGUGUGCUCAGUGACAUCAUAUACUGUGUAUCUGGCAAGUAUCUUAAAAGUUUCUGCCUCUCCUGAAGAAUUGUACUCAUGCAUUUUGGAUAAAAUAAACUGUAUAGUGUUAAAAAUCAGAUAACUCCUUUAGUGACCCAUUUUAAUUUUUAACAGCUACACAUAGUGCCCCAAAAGACAGUUGAUUUGGAAAUGCUGUGCUAUUAGACAGAAGUCCCUUCUUUGUAUUAAAAACCACAAUCAAAACAAAAAAACUCUUGGAAUGCAAUUAAUCUUAUAAAUGUGUUCCUAUAACUGAAGUUUUUUAGCAUUAAUCUGUCCAAAGACUCUGACAUGCUUAUCUAUUAAUUCCUAUAGAAUGUGUUAAGAUAGCUAUACAAACAAAUGGGAUUUAUGCUUGGUAAUUCCAUUCCUUUGAAAUAGCUAUUUCUGUCCUUUCAAGUCAUAAAGUGAAAAUAAUUUACAUUUGAUAGUGUUACUGAUAACCAGCUUUGUUUUUUUUUAUAGAUAUGUUGCUUUUUAUUCAUAGUGUUGAUGGAUAAAUUGGAAUGUAUAGAUGGGUUUAUGUAGAUCUAAAAAAUAGAUAUGUAGAUAUGGUUCAUAUAUCUGGAUCUGUGUAUUUGAUUUUGCAUUUUAAAUGUGACAAAUAAAUGUUUUGGGAGAAAA